GUUAGGGUUUAUCUUUCAGGUUUUCUUUUUUUUUGGUUGCAUUCAGUCAGGAAAAAGAAUGGACAAGUACGAGACGAUGGAGAAACUCGGCAGCGGUCGUAAUUUGCCAACAAAACAGCCAACGAUGCCGGGUAACGCCGAACCGGAACCGGAGCCGGAGCUCUCCACGGUCCAAUACGAGAUGUUUUUUGAAAAAUGGGUUGAGCGAGCCAUAUUCAUGGGUGAUCCUGAUGCACGUCAGAAUUUAUCAAAAUUUAUUGUCAAACAACCAAACCCAUCUUUAAAAGAAGAAGAUAAUAAUGAGGAGCUGCCGCUGAUGCCGCCACCGGAACAAGAACAACAGCCAACAACACCGCCAGAGAAAACGCUUCCUACAGCGAUGAAGUUUGAACUUCGUGAAACUCCGUAUUUGGAGAGCCCAGAAGAGGUCUUCUAUAGUAUGCAUUAUGAAAAAUGGAAUGAGCGAUCCAUAAGGCUGCUUGGACGACCUCUAGAGAUGCCUCCACUUUUUAAUGAGUUAAUUUCGUUUAAUUGA